AUGUUAACAGGGGCCAUGCCCUAUCCCCAUGAACCAGUUAUAACCCGUGUUCUCCAGGAUAAAUCACCUCGUAGGUUGACAUUUGAACGUUUGGAUAUGGACGCCCGUGAUGGUCAGCACAAUUCCUACUUUUCUGAUUUCGGUUCCAAGCUGGACGAAACCUCAAACCCAAUGGAGUUGCAGAGCUAUCGGUUAUGCUAUAGUGUGGCAUGCUUUUUCAUCUUUGGGAAAGUCCUAGGAUUCGGCACCUAG